CUGCUGAUGCGCUCUGUGAUUGACAUCUGCCAGGAGGUCAUCAAGCAGUCCAAUGUGCAGAUCCUCGUGCCCCCUGCGCGCCCCGACAUUAUGCUCUUCCGUCCGGGGGCCGCGGACCUCGGCUUCCCUCUUGACAUGACCAACGGUGCCGCUUUGGCACCCAAUGGCAACGGCAUUGCUGGUAUGCCUGAAGAUGAGGCCACGCGGGCUGCACUCACUGCUGCGCAGUCCUCCCUGCCGGUUCUGCAGGGAGUGGACCGCCUGCCCAUGGUGGCAGGACCUCUGUCCCCACCGCUGCUGGCCUCCCCCUUCCAGAAUGUUGCUGCUAGUGCCCCCACCUUAAGCACCAAGAGGGGCAGAGGGCGUCCGCGUAAAGCCAAUCUCUUGGACUCCAUGAUGUUUGGUACCCCAGGGGGCCUGCGAGAGGCUGGUAUCCUGCCUUGUGGUCUCUGUGGGAAGGUAUUUACGGAUGCUAAUCGUCUUCGUCAGCAUGAGGCUCAACACGGGGUGACAAGCUUACAGCUGGGCUACAUAGACAUCCCACCGCCAAGACUGGGUGAAAACGGUGUCCCUGGUCAGGACGACCCCGACGCACCCCGGAAAAGAAGCAGGACGAGGAAACAGGUGGCCUGUGAGAUCUGUGGCAAGAUUUUUCGGGACGUGUACCACCUGAAUCGGCACAAGCUGUCGCACUCUGGCGAGAAGCCUUACUCUUGUCCUGUGUGUGGCUUACGGUUCAAGCGGAAAGACAGGAUGUCCUAUCAUGUUCGAUCUCACGAUGGCUCUGUGGGAAAGCCCUACAUCUGCCAGAGCUGUGGAAAAGGCUUUUCCAGGCCGGACCACUUGAAUGGACACAUCAAACAGGUGCAUACCUCAGAGAGACCUCACAAGUGUCAGGAAAAUGGCAGCCACCAUGGAAUAAGCUCAGAGACAUCCACAUCCAUAGAAAAGUUGAAACUUCAAGAGACUUGUAAUGCUUCCUUUGCCACUCGUGACCGACUGCGCUCGCACCUAGCAUGUCAUGAAGACAAAGUUCCAUGCCAGGUGUGCGGGAAGUACUUGCGAGCAGCGUAUAUGGCAGAUCAUUUGAAGAAACAUAGUGAAGGACCAAGCAAUUUCUGCACUAUCUGUAACCGAGGUUUCUCCUCUGCCUCCUACUUAAAGGUCCAUGUUAAAACCCACCACGGUGUUCCCCUUCCCCAGGUCUCCAGGCACCAGGAGUCCAUCCCGAAUGGGGGAGCAGCGUUCCACUGCGUCAGGACCUAUGGCAUCAAAGGCCAGAAAUGUUCACAUUCGGACCCGAUUGAGAGUUCUGAUUCAUACGGAGACCUCUCUGACACCAGUGACCUCAAGACUCCUGAGAAACAGAGCACCAAUGGGUCCUUCUCAUGUGACAUGGCAGUCAGCAAAAACAAAAUGGAGACGGAAGGAGAGAAGAAGUACCCUUGCCCUGAAUGUGGCAGCUUUUUCAGAUCAAAGUCUUAUCUGAACAAACACAUACAGAAAGUUCACGUCAGGGCCCUUGGUGGCCCGUUGGGGGACCUUGGUCCUGCUCUAGGAUCCCCCUUUUCACCCCAACAGAACAUGUCUCUCCUGGAGUCAUUUGGGUUUCAGAUCGUCCAGUCAGCAUUUGCAUCAUCCCUAGUGGAUCCAGAGGUCGACCAGCAACCAAUGGGGCCAGAGGGGAAAUGAGAUCAGUUUGAUCUUAACAAAGCAAAGCAGCAGUCUGGCUAUAAUGAUAAGAUGCUGUGAAUGAGAGGAAAUAAUGAAAUUUGGUUCUAUAGCUGAGAAUUUUUUACUCAUUUUAGCUUCCCUCUUUGUCUCAUGUCCUACCCCACCUUUAAACCUUCGCUGGGGAGAGGGAGAAGAUGCUUCUUAGCUGAUAAAU